GUAGUGCCCGAAACCGGAAGCUCGCCUAAGGCGUGCUUUACAUUUCCGGGCGAAAGCUGGAUUUUUUUGGUACCAUGUGGGAGCACUUGUGAAGAUUCGCAGGCUUCUAAAUCCUGCCCGAAGUCGAGCUCCAGCCUGCGUUUUUUAGAAGUCCUCUGGCGUGAAAGAUGACGUCCUUAGCCCAGCAGCUCCAGAGACUCGCUCUCCCUCAAAGUGAUCCCAGUCUCUUAUCCAGAGAUGAAGUUGCCUCUUUGUUGUUUGACCCCAAGGAAGCGGCCACCGUCGACAGGGACACGGCCUUUGCCAUUGGAUGCACUGGCCUGGAAGAGCUGCUUGGAAUUGAUCCUUCCUUUGAACAGUUUGAAGCACCGUUGUUCAGCCAGCUAGCAAAAACCUUGGAGCGCAGCGUUCAGACCAAAACAGUGAACAAACAGCUGGAUGAAAACAUUUCAUUAUUUCUUAUUCACUUGUCCCCUUACUUCCUGCUGAAGCCAGCACAGAAGUGUCUGGAGUGGUUGAUUCACAGGUUCCAUAUCCAUCUUUAUAAUCAAGAUAGCCUCAUCGCUUGCAUUCUGCCAUACCACGAGACAAGAAUAUUUGUGCGAGUUAUACAGCUUCUAAAAAUUAAUAAUUCAAAGCACAAAUGGUUCUGGCUGUUGCCAGUUAAGCAAUCUGGAGUGCCCUUAGCUAAAGGAACUUUGGUUACCCACUGCUACAAAGAUCUUGGAUUCAUGGAUUUCAUCUGUAGCCUGGUGACAAAAUCUGUGAAGGUUUUUGCUGAGCAUCCUGGGAGUUCAGCUCAGUUGAGGGUGCUCUUAACUUUCUACGCUUCCACCAUCGUGUCUGCCCUCGUGGCUGCUGAGAACCUAUCCGACAACAUAGUCGCCAAGCUGUUUCCAUACAUUCAAAAGGGGUUGAAAUCAUCUCUACCAGAUUACAGAGCUGCAACGUACAUGAUAAUAUGUCAGAUUUCUGUGAAAGUGACCAUGGAAGAUACCUUCGUUAAUUCACUGGCUUCGCAGAUCAUCAAAACGUUGACCAGAAUUCCCUCUUUGAUUAAGGAUGGAUUGGGCUGCUUGAUAGUGCUCCUGCAGAGACAGAAGCCAGAGAGCUUGGGGAAGAAGCCAUUUCCUCACUUGUGUAAGGUUCCUGAUCUUAUUACACUGCUUCAGGGGAUUUCUGAAACCUACGACAUCAGUCCUCUUCUACGUUACAUGCUUCCCCAUCUGGUUGUCUCCAUCAUUAGUCAUGUUACAGGAGAAGAAACUGAAGAGAUAGAUGGUCAAAUCUACCGGCAACUCUUGGAAGCCAUACUUACAAAUAUAUCCCUCAAGAACAACUUAGACCAUUUGUUGGCGGGCCUUCUUUUUGAAGAGUAUAUUUCAUACAGUUCGCAGGAAGAGAUCGAUUCUAAUAAAAUAUCUUUGCUUAAUGAACAGUUUCUUCCAUUUAUUAGGCUUUUAGAAAGCAGAUAUCCCAAAACAUUAGAUGCUGUGUUAGAGGAACACCUAAAGGAAAUUACAGACCUAAAAAAACAGGAGCUUUUCCACCAAUUUAUCUCUCUUUCUACAAGUGGGGGAAAAUAUCAGUUUUUAGCAGAUUCUGAUACUUCCUUGAUGCUCAGUCUGAAUCAUCCACUUGCUCCUGUAAGACUUCUGGCUGUUAAUCAUCUGAGAAAUAUCAUGGAAACAUCAAAGGAGAAUAUUGAUGAGUCUUUCAUAAAAGAAGCUGUUUUAACCCGAUUAGGUGAUGAUAGUUUAGAUGUUGUUUUGUCAGCUCUACAUGCUUUUGAGAUUUUCAAACAGCACUUUAGUUCAGAAGUGACAGUUUCAAAUCUUCUGAAUCUCUUUCGAAGAGCAGAACUUUCAAAUAAUAGGGAAUGGUUCAAGAUACUUGAGGUAGCAACAGACGUAUUAAUUAAAGAAGAGAUAUUGAGUGAAAAUGACCAGUUGUCAAGUCAGGUGGUGGUGCAUCUGCUGCCAUUUAUGGUCAUUGACAAUGAUGAUAUGGAAUCCGCUGAGAUGAAAAUGGCUGUAUAUUUAUCAAAAUCAGGAAUUUGCUCUCUACACCCUAUAUUAAGAGGCUGGAAAGAAGCUCUUGAAAAUGUGAUUAAAAGCACCAAGCCAGGAGAACUCAUUGGUGUAGCAAAUCAGAAGAUGAUUGAGCUGCUGGCUGGCAAUAUAAAUUCAGGGGGUUCCUCCUCAAUGUUAAAGAUGGUGGAUGAUUUGAUAAGCGUUGCAGAAAAGGAGUCCUUUAGCCUGAAGCAGAAACUGACUUUUCACAUAAUCGUGGCUGUGCUUGUCUCUUGCUGUUCAUCUUUAAAAGAGACUCACUUUCCUUUUGCGACAAGAGUCUUCAGUUUGUUGCAGAAAAAAAUAAAGAAGCUUGAAAGUGUCAUUACUACACUGGACAUCCCCUCGGAAUGGCAUUUUGAGCUGAUGAUGGACAGAGGGACACCGUUGGAGCUGUGGACACAUUACAUAGAACAGCUAAAAACUGUCCAGAGGCUUGCCGUGGAGGACUCAGUUUUACUCGUGUUUGCACUGAAAAACUUUAUUCACGCACUGAAGGCUCCUAAAUCUUUUCCUAAAGGUGACAGGUGGUGGAAUCCUGAGCAGCUGCAGCAAGACAGCCGAGACUACCUGCGCUUGCUCCUCGGGCUCUUUGAGCUGAUCCUCAGCAGUGCUGAUGCUGUACAUUUUCGGGUUCUGAUGAAGCUUUUUAUAAAGGUACAUCUAGAAGAUGUUUUCCAUUUAUUCAAGUUCUUUUCUGUUUUGUGGACCUAUGGGUCCAGCCUUUCAAAUCCACUUAACUGCAGUGUGACAACAGUGCUGCAGACCCAAGCUCUUUAUGUGGGCUGUGCAAUGCUCUCUUCGCAGAAGGCUCAGUAUAAACACCAGCUGGCAUCCACAUCUUCUCCAGUGGUGACUUCUCUGCUCAUUAAUCUGGGAAGCCCCAUAAAAGAAGUACGGCGGGCUGCCAUUCACUGUCUCCAGGCCCUCAGCGGAGUGGCGUCCCAGUUCCAUCUGGUGAUAGAUCACUUGGGUCCUAAAGCAGAGGAGAUCACUUCAGAUGCCACCUAUGUGGUGCAGGAUUUAGCUACUUUAUUUGAGGAACUGCAGAGAGAAAAGAAACUGAAAUCUCAUCAAAAGUUGUCUGAAACUUUGAAAAACCUACUUUAUUGUGUAUAUAGUUGCCCAUCUUAUAUUGCAAAAGAUUUGAUGAAAGUACUUCGGGACGUCAGCAGUGAGAUGGUGCUUUCUCAGCUGCUGCCUAUGAUGGAACAACUAUUAGAAAAGAUCCAGAAGGAGCCCAUAGCUAUCCUGAAAGAUGAGGUCAUUGCUCUGCAUCUCACUCUGGGAAAAUAUAAUGAACAUUCAGCUUCCCUUUUACACAAGGAUCCAAAGAGUCUAGAUGUGUUUAUAAAAGCCGUGCACACAACGAAGGAAAUUUACACAGGAAUGCCAACCACUCAGAUUACAGCUCUCGAAAAGAUUACGAAGCCAUUCUUUGCAGCUAUAUCAGAUGAAAAGGUUCAGCAGAAGCUUUUGUGCAUGUUGUUUGAUUUACUGGUGAACUGUAAAAAUUCAUGCUGUGCUCAGACUGUUAGCAGUGUUUUUAAAGGGAUUUCUGUUAACGCUGAGCAAAUCAGAAUAGAACUGGAGCCACCAGAUAAAACCAAGUCCUUAGGCACGAUUCAGCAAACACGAAGGCAGAAAAUGCAGCAGAAAAAAUCACAAGAUCUAGAAUCUGUUCAGGAAGUUGGAGUUUCUUACUGGCAAAGAGUAACCCUCAUCCUAGAAUUACUGCAGCACAAAAAGAAACUCAGAAGUCCUCAGAUAUUGAUACCGACUCUUUUUAACCUGCUGUCAAGGUGUUUAGAGCCUUUGCCACCGGAGCAGGGAAGUAUGGAAUACACCAAACAGUUAAUUCUUAGUUGUUUGCUUAACAUCUGCCAGAAGCUCUCUCCAGAUGGCAGCAAGAUACCAAAAGAUAUUCUUGAUGAGGAGAAGUUUAACGUGGAGCUGAUAGUCCAGUGCAUCCGAGUUUCCGAGAUGCCUCAGACCCAUCACCAUGCCCUUUUACUUUUGGGUACUGUUGCUGGAAUAUUUCCUGAUAAAGUUCUACACAAUAUCAUGUCUAUUUUUACAUUUAUGGGAGCCAAUGUGAUGCGUCUAGAUGACACCUACAGUUUUCAGGUUAUUAGCAAGACAGUGAAAAUGGUUAUUCCAGCACUUAUUCAGUCGGACAGAGGUGACUCUGUAGAAGUCACGAGAAACGUGGAGGACGUCGUGGUCAAAAUCAUUCACGUGUUUGUGGAUGCACUGCCGCAUGUUCCCGAGCACAGGCGCCUGCCCAUCCUUGCUCAGCUCGUGGAUACACUGGGUGCAGAACGCUUCCUCUGGGUUCUCCUCGUCCUGCUCUUUGAACAGUACGUCACUAAGACAGUGCUGGCGGCUGCCUACGGAGAAAAGGAUGCCAUUUUAGAGGCAGACACUGAAUUUUGGAUUUCAGUCUGUUGUGAAUUCAGUGUACAGCAUCAGAUACAAAGCUUGAUGAAUAUCCUCGAGUACUUACUAAAGCUGCCGGAGGAGAAAGAAGAAACCACUGCCAAAACAGUAUCUAAUAAGAGUGAAUCACAAGAAGAAGUGCUUCAGGUCUUUAACAUAGAGGCUCACACUAGCAAGCAGCUGCGGCAUUUUAAAUAUUUGUCAGUGUCCUUCAUGUCUCAGCUCCUGGCUUCCAAUAAUUUUAUCAGAAAGGUUGUUGAAAGUGGCGGUCCUCAGGUUUUGACAGGCCUUGAACAGAGGUUGCUGGAAACAGUUCUUGGCUACAUCCAUGCCGUAGCCCGGUCCAUGGAGAAAAAUGCUGACAAGCUAACUGGGAAGUUCUGGCGUGCGCUCCUCAGUAAAGCUUAUGACUUGCUGGAUAAGGUCAAUGCCCUGCUGCCCACAGAAACAUUCAUCCCCGUGAUUAGAGGGCUGCUGGAGAACCCACUGCCAUCCGUGCGCCGCAAAGCUUUAGAUCUUUUGAACAACAAGUUGCAGCAGAAAACUUCCUGGAAGAAGAAAAUCGUUUACCACUUCCUCGAACUGGUCCCAGUCCUUGUGGCCAUGGUGAAGCAUAAAAGAAAGACGUUAGAAGAGCAUGCCAUAAACAGACAGACAGCUUUGUACACCUUAAAACUGCUAUGCAAGAAUUUUGGUGCAGAAAAUCCAGAGCCUUUUAUCCCGGUGCUGACCACCGCAGUGAGGUUGAUUGUUGCAGGAACAAAGGAGGAGAAGAAUGUCUUGGGAAGCGCCCUACUGUGCGUGGCUGAGGUGGUCUCCACCCUGCAAGCACUGGCCAUCCCCCAGCUGCCCAGCCUGAUGCCAUCAUUGCUGACGACCAUGAAAAGCACCCGCGAGCUGGUCUCUGGUGAGGUCUACCUGCUCAGUGCCCUGGCGGCCCUGCAGAAGGUUGUUGAGACCCUGCCGCACUUCAUCAGCCCCUACCUGGAAGGAGUCCUGUCACAGGUGAUUCAGCUGGAGAAAAUCACUAGUGAGAUGGGUCCUGCCUCCCAGGCUAAUGUUCGUCUCACAUCUCUUAAAAAGACGCUGGCAACCACCCUCUCACCCCGAGUCUUACUGCCAGCCAUCACCAAGACGUAUAAGCAGAUUGAAAACUGGAAGAAUCACAUGGGCCCGUUUAUGAGCGUCCUUCGAGAGCACGUUGGGGUGAUGAAGAAGGAGGAGCUCGCCUCCCACCAGCCCCAGCUCACCGCCUUCUUCCUGGAGGCCCUGGACUUCCGUGCCCAGCACGCGGAGAGUGAUCUGGAGGAAGUUGGAAGAACGGAAGAUUAUAUCAUCGACUGUCUCGUGGCCAUGGUUGUAAAACUUUCUGAGGUCACAUUCAGACCCCUGUUCUUCAAGCUGUUUGAUUGGGCCAAAACAGAGGAUGCCCCGAAGGACAGGCUGUUGACAUUUUACCACUUGGCAGAUUGCAUUGCUGAAAAGCUGAAAGGGCUUUUUACUCUGUUCGCUGGCCACUUGGUGAAGCCUUUUGCUGACACCUUGAACCAGGUGAACAUCUCUAAAACAGAUGAAGCGUUUUUUGAUUCUGAAAAUGACCCUGAAAAGUGCUGCUUACUGCUGCAGUUUAUUCUGAACUGUUUAUAUAAAAUCUUCCUUUUUGACACCCAGCAUUUUCUCAGUAAAGAGAGAGCAGAAGCCUUGAUGAUGCCCCUGGUGGAUCAGCUGGAAAACAGGCUUGGAGGAGAAGAGAAGUUCCAGGAACGGGUGACCCAGCACCUGAUCCCGUGCCUUGCGCAGUUCUCAGUGGCAGUGGCUGAUGACUCGCUUUGGAAACCACUCAACUACCAGAUUCUGCUGAAGACGAGAGACUCCUCACCCAAGGUUCGAUUUGCUGCUCUGAUUACAGUGUUAGCACUGGCUGAAAAACUGAGAGAGAAUUACAUCGUCUUGUUACCAGAAUCCAUUCCUUUCUUAGCUGAAUUGAUGGAAGAUGAGUGUGAAGAGGUGGAGCAUCAGUGCCAGAAGACUAUCCAGCAGCUGGAGGCUGUGCUGGGGGAGCCACUCCAGGGCUACUUCUAAAACCUCACACUCUGUUGAGAGUUCAGGUUUAUUUUUCCUUUUAUUGCUGGGUGUUUUUAGGACCAUGUUACUUUUGGUGCCUUAACACCUACUUGGACUUCUUCACAAAAUCCCCACCUGGUUUAUGCAGCCAUGUGAGCCUCUCCUGCCGAUUGUAUAGAAUUACAAAAAGAGUAAACAAUACAUGGUAUUUUUAUACAGACUGCUGUGUUUGGCUUAACAUUGACUACAGUCUUUUCUGAUUCUGACUGAUGUUAUUAAUGUUACACCGAUUGAGUUCAGCACCCAAAGCUAACCCUCAUUUAGCCUGUAAAGCCUCAACUCUCCUGGUAAAGGGAUACUUUCUGGACAUGGUGUCCGAGUCAGAGGUUUCACUCGGAGCAGCUCCAAUGCCCAGUAAAUGACAGUUACUCAGCAGGGAUGCUUUUGACUGGAAAGCGGUUUGGAUCCUCACUUCUCAUUGUGGGCAGGUGACACUUCAGCCUUGAUUUUUGUGUUGCGCCCACGGAGGGAAGAAGUUCUGGAAGGCAUUACUGUGACUGUGAUUGUCUCUCUCUCCUUCCUCCUUCAGUCCUUUGGGGGUGGAGGCAAUAAUAGGCUCUUGCUGAGACAACCACACCUGACUGAUCUCACAAGUAGAAAGGCCCAGACACACUAGGUGGUGAGAAGGAUCCCUUCCAGGGUUAGAAAUGUCCACAUUUCUAUCAGUAGUUAACAAGAAUUACUUGUAUGAGAAAGAAAGUAAAUAACAGGCUUUUUGUCAAAGCUUUGAAGUUCUAUAAUCUCUAUGCCGUGCGAUGGUGAAGUUGGAAAGUGAGGGCUCAAAUAAAAUUAAACAAAUCUGCCUUUAUUUAAGGCAUUUUAUUUUAAAAUUUGAGGCAUUUUAAGGACUGUCCCAGAGGUGCCCAAUUUGAAAGCCCUUGAUCUUAUUUAAUGUAGAAGUUUAAAGCAGAAUUGUGACAGAGAAGCAAAAGCUUGAUGAGCAGUUUGGAGACAGAGCUUGUUAGGAAUGCGUAUUUCUGAGUAAUGUCUCAAUAGGAUUCACUAAUAAAAUGCAAAUAACUUCUUUUCAAAAAUAAUCUUAAAAGAUUUUGUAUUUAUCCUAUCAAAAAAUUGGUCUGACUUCUUAGUAUCAUCCAUGUAAAAUGAAAAUGAAAUUAUGUUUAAGACUCAGAGGAAACAAGGUAAGUGGGGCUUUUGUUUUUUCCUAAGAUGGUCUACAGUUUCCACAGUCUGCUGGGCCCUCUGAUGAUCUUCUCUGAAGAUGAAAAAUAACCGUGGGGAAUUCUAGACCCUUCUUGCCUUUUACAACCCUCCCAACAUCCCCUCCUCUACCAAUGGGGAUGGUGGUUUGAGUUUUGUUUUGUUUUUUGUUUUUUUAGUUUGGCAAGACUCAGCAUAAUAAAUUAACAUGAAAAGAAUUGUUUUCUACACUGAGUACUGUUUAAAAGUAAGAUUGGUAACAAUAUUUUUUGCAAUAUGGGGAUACAAAUAAACCUAGCCCAAAACUUAGGAAAAUAUUCCCAAAUCCUGGCAGAAUUCAGCCUAGCACACUUUAAUACGAUAAAAUGAUCUGACUGAGCUUCUGCAAUUUCCUGUAACAAGAUCUGACCUGUAAGAAUUCUACAAAGAACUUCUGCCAACUCACUUCAAAGAAUAAUAGAAAAAAAUCACAGAAAUGCGACAACUUAACUUGCUGAUACAGGUUUGAUUUUAAUCACUUAAAACAGUGUUUUGAUCUCAGUCCCUGAGGACGAUGGACUCGUCUUUAGAAGAGCAGAGGCAGUGCUGGGUCGCAUGCAGUCGACAGCAGCAGGCGUUUACGCUGCUUCUGCUUUGCUGGUCUCAGCUGGUAUAUUUUACCUUCUGAUAGGGCCCGUUUUAUAAAGUCAUUAAAUCUAAUCUUGACAUUGCUGUGUUACCCGCAAACAUUCUACAAAUUAAAUUCAUCCUGCAUCUACCGUAC